AUGUCCAUCACGAUUCUGAAUAAUAUGACCAAGUUAUUAUCAUCGAUAAUAGUUUCACCUCCAAUACCUUGGAAUCAGGAUCAAACUCAUGAUAUUUUGGAUCAAUGUUCAUAUGCCUAUCCUUUAUAUAUAUCGAGAAUUAAUAGAAUUCCUCCUCAUCAAUCGUGGAGAGUCUAUGUGUUGGGAUUUAUUUUCGGAUUUGGAUUGUUGUGUUAUGUUGUUGCCUUUUCACUGACAAUUUGGAGGAGAAAUAAGCAGCCAUUGAAGGAUCGUUCUGUAUUUUUAUUAUUAAUUUCUGGAGUUACGGGAUCUAUUGCUUUGGCCUAUAUGUAA